CACACACAGAGGGAACAUCCUCUGCGUUCAGCAGCAUUAAGCCUCUCAGCCUCUCACUUUGCGCACAGACACAGUGCGAAGAAGAAGUUGAAGAAUGUUCCCACGGAGUCCAUCAUUCAUACAUCGACUCUGCAUUACUGAAUAUCUCUGCAUUAUUACUGAAUAUUAAUACAGGCUGCGCGUUUUUUUCUUCUUCCUUUUUCCUUUUUUGAAAAGUCAGGCGCAUCUGAAUAAUUCCCAGUGUAAUUUUAUCACCCAGUAUAAUUUUGUGCUUGGGGUAAGUCACUUAUAGAUUCUAAUGUUCUAGUCUGGAUUAUACUGAAAUAAACAACGUGGUGAAUAUGGAUUUCCCCAAAAUGAAUGAAAGUCAUGGCACAUUGUGGUCGUGCGCAAAAGCGCCUCCAGAUUCUUCAGUAAACCUCUCCACCGUGGAAAUGAACGCCACCUGUAGCAAUGCGUCAGUGGUAACCAAACUUCAAGCCACACGAUCUAAAGAAAUGUACUCGCUGCGGAUCCUCCUCUACUCUCUGAUCUUCCUCUUGAGUGUGUUUGGCAACCUGCUGAUCAUCGUGGUGCUGGUGGUGAACAAGCGUAUGCGCACCGUCACAAACUCCUUCCUGCUCUCGCUAGCUGUCAGUGACCUCAUGAUGGCCGUCUUCUGCAUGCCAUUCACUCUCAUCCCUAAUUUGCUGGAGGACUUCAUCUUUGGAGCUGCCAUGUGCAAGACCGUUGCCUAUUUCAUGGGUAUCUCCGUCAGCAUUUCCACCUUCAGCCUGGUUGCCAUAGCAAUCGAGAGGUACAGCGCCAUCUGCAACCCGCUGAAGUCACGGGCAUGGCAGACCCGCUCCCAUGCUUACAAAGUCAUUGCUGCUACCUGGGUGCUGUCAGUGGGCAUCAUGGUACCGUAUCCGAUCUUCAGCACGCUGGUGCCCUUCUCCAAACCCAACAACACCACUGCUCACAUGUGCCGCCCAGACUGGCGUGUAAGCCAAAUGGAACAGAUAUGGUACGUCUUGCUGCUUUUUAUUCUAUUCUUCAUCCCAGGUGUGGUAAUGAUCAUUGCCUAUGGCCUCAUCUCUAGAGAGCUCUACCGUGGGAUUCAGUUUGAGCUGGAGCAGAAGAAUGACUGUAGAGCAAUGAAGAAUGGCGUGAAUGGCACCAUAUCCCAUGGCCAAGAUGACAGCGAUGGCUGCUACAUCCAGGUUCCCAAGAAACCCCCAGCCAUGGAGCUUUCCGCCAUCAGCAACUCAGCCUCCUCCAAGCCGGACAGGCCACGCAGCAACACCUCUGAAGCCAAACUCCUGGCCAAGAAGCGCGUGAUCCGUAUGUUGAUCAUCAUCGUAGCUAUGUUCUUCAUCUGCUGGAUGCCUCUCUAUACAGUGAACACAUGGAAGGCGUUUGACCAGCAGUCAGCCAAACGGGCGCUCUCUGGCGCUCCCAUUUCCUUCAUCCAGCUGCUGUCUUACACGUCAGCCUGCGUCAACCCCAUCAUCUACUGCUUCAUGAAUGUGCGCUUCCGUAAGGCACUGCUGGCCACCUUCGCCUGCUGCGCCCUGCUGUGCCGCAAGCGCAAGAGGAGGGAAGGUGAUGAUGAGGUUACUGGGGUCACGGCUGCAUCGAUGUCUAAAUUUAGCUACACCACUGUUAGCACAGUGGGGCCGUGUUAGCUUUGAAUCUGGGGUUCGUCCAGAUUGUAUAAGUUUUAGGCACGUUUUUGUCUUGAGCGUAUUAAAGAGUUUUUAGCAUUUGUAAAA